UCAUACUAUGUGUGAACACAGGAAAUGAUGGCAAUGCGAUCAGCAUGACAUCUGACAUUCAUCAAGAAAUUCAUCCAGGUCCACUCAAUAAUCUUACAUUGCAUGUUCAAGCAGAAAGCGGAGAAUCAUUCUACCUUUUCUCAUCCGAACAUGUCCGAUUGAAUGCAAUCCCAACAACGAAUACUAAUGGCCCUAGCUUAUCUCAGAGCUCAAGACGAUCAGCUACCCCUUCCCCUCAAAAGUUGCAAAGGCUCAAGCAUGCACAGCUAGACAAGUGGACGAUUAGACUGUGUCAGAAAAUCGACUUGCAAGAACGUAGCAAGAACGCAGUAAAUGAUGAUUCCUCCACCGAAGAAGACGAGGAAAACAGUCAGAAGCAGAAAAGAACUGUAAAAAAGGAACCCAGAGAGUCUGUUGCGAAUCUUAAUGAUAAAGAGGUGAUCGCAUGGUACCUACUCUCACUAGAACAUGAUCAGAUUCAACCGUUGCUCGAUCAAGCAAAAGUCAGAAGAUGGGACGAAUUGGAAACGCUAAUUCGCUCAGCUUGGGAUGCUGGCUCAGUAGAUGUUUUGGGACGAGAAGAAGAUCAGAAAGACGAUCAGACAUAUACCGAGCUACGACUACAAUUCCAAUUUCAGAAUAAUUGUAGCACAAGGGCUACCUCUCUGCCAUUUGCCUCCUCCCAACGCAUCAAACGGGAAACACCGACUGUGAAAGAAGAAGAAGGUUUAGAAGAACUUUCAAACGAGAAAGUCAUAUCAUUGCAACUGCAUCGAAUAAGUGAGAAAGCUGAUGAAAUACAACAUGCAUCAAAUGUAGCGAUCGAAUUGAUGAAAGCGAUGGGAACACUACGAACGAAGGCGCAAUCGUUAGAACGUGAACGAAAUUCAUCACGAAAAUUGAUUCAUGAUAAUCGUAAAAAUGAACGUUAUCAUGAACCCAGUACGAGUUUGGUCAAUCCAGGCAGAAUAAAACGCAAAUCGCAAGACGAUGGAGGAUUUGAGGGGGAUGAAGAAGAAUGAUUCUCUAUUCUCGCAAAGGCUGUAUGGAGUUCUCCCUAAUCGCUCAUUUUCCAUCCUCUGUAAUACACUUACUUUAUACCAACAUACUCAAAAGGAGGUUCUCUUAUCCGGAUGUCAUUGUACAUUACUUAUCAUGCUUUCCUAUAACACAACGUCAUCGAGCCUUCUUUGUUUUCUUGCACGCUAUGAAGCCGUCGGAAGGCGUAAAAUUAGACGAUGCGAAGAGGCACAUUUUCACUCUUGUUGUAAUUACACUUACCCGCUUUUGUCUCCGAAAUGAACAAUGAAAAUCAAC